CAGCAGGUGAUUUUUUUUCUGCAGCGCGCGUUCUCCCAGCAUCUUUCCUAGGUUUUUUUUUUUUUCCCUGCUGAGCGGCUGAAAAGGGUGGGGCCGCUUUCCUGCAGCAGAGACGGCGACGGCAGCGGCUGCAGCAGCAUCUUUGGGAGCCGCGGCAGUCAGCAAGGCUCCGUCUCGCUGGAGGUGAUCGCCUCUGAGACCUGCUAGUGGCCGGCGGCGACGGUCCGCCGGCGGGAAGGAGAAGAAAAGACUCCUCCGCGGACGCGGCGGCCACACGGCCCGGCCCUUCCUCUGCGCCAUGGCUUAAGCCCGUGGCCACCUCGCCUCGCGUCGCCUGGCUCGGCCGGGGUUUGCGCGCCGCCGCAGCCUCCGGGAGGGGCGCGUCCAGACGUCUACGCCGGGGACUCCGCAUCUGUCACCUCCGGUGCCUGCAGCAGGCAGCGUUACCAAGGCCUUUGCAGCCCGUAACCCCGGGACUUUAUCUCGGUGAAAGCGUUGCCGCCCGACCUUCCUGGGUGCUAUCUGAGGGAGGAGGCCGAGGCACGCAGUCCGCCCAGGAAAAAACGGUGGGAAUCAGAUCGGCUGGCUGGUCGAGGGCCAAAGGACUGGAGGAAGAUUAGAGACUCGCCCUAGUCCCACAGAAAAGAAGGGAGGACCAGCUUUGCAGCUAACAUCAUGGCGUGGCCGUGCAUCACGCGGGCUUGCUGCAUCGCCCGCUUCUGGAACCAGCUGGACAAGGCGGACAUCGCCGUGCCGCUGGUGUUCACCAAGUACUCGGAGGCCACCGAGCACCCGGGCGCCCCUCCGCAGCCGCCGCCGCCGCAGCAGCAGCAGCCGGCGCAGCCGGCACACGCGCCCCCCUCGGCGCCGGCGGUCGCCAUAGAGACUCAGCCGGCCCAGGGCGAGCUGGAUGCAGUUGCCCGGGCAACAGGGCCGGCGCCCGGGCCCAGUGGCGAGCGCGAGCCCGCGGCCGCCUCCGGCCGGAGCAGAGUGGGCCCCGGCCCGAGCUCGGGCUCCGGCUCCGGCUCCACCUCCGGCGCGGGCCCCGCGGACUCGGUGAUGCGGCAGGACUAUCGCGCCUGGAAGGUGCAGCGGCCCGAGCCGAGCUGCCGGCCGCGCAGCGAGUACCAGCCCUCGGACGUGCCCUUCGAGCGCGAGACGCAGUACCAGAAGGACUUCCGCGCCUGGCCGCUGCCGCGCCGCGGGGACCACCCGUGGAUCCCCAAGCCCGUGCCGAUCCCCGCGGCCUCGCAGGCGGCAGCGCCUGUUCUCGGGACGCCCAAGCGCCGGCCUCCGAGCCAGGAGCGCUGGCCGGUGCAGGUGGCCGCGGAGGCCCCGGAGCGGGCGGCGGCCCCCGGCGGAGCGGGUGUCGUCGGGGCGGGAGAGGCGAUGCGCUCGGACGAGCGCUACACGCGCAAGAAGGCCGGGCCGGCCUGGAUGCUGCGUCGCGCCGAGGGGCUGGGGCCGGAGCAGACGCCGCUGCCCGCCGCCCAGGCCCAGGUCGCGGGCCCCGAGGGCGGCAGGGGGCGUGCGGCAGCUGACGCCCUCAACAGGCAGAUCCGCGAGGAGGUGGCGAGUGCCGUGGGCAGCUCCUACAGGAAUGAAUUCAGAGCAUGGACGGACAUCAAGCCUGUGAAACCAAUAAAAGCGAAGCUCCAGUACAAGCCCCCAGAUGAUAAGAUGGCUCACGAGACCAGCUACAGUGCCCAGUUCAAAGGGGAAGCCAACAAGCCAACACCAGCUGACAAUAAGUUCAUUGAGCGCAGAAGAAUACGCAGCCUCUACAGCGAACCUUUCAAGGAAUGCCCAAAGGUGGAAAAACCUAGUGUUCAGAGUUCCAAACCAAAAAAGACCUCAGCGAGCCACAAGGCCCCGAGGAAGGCCAAAGACAAGCAGGUGGUGUCGGGCCGGGCCUUCAAGAAAAAGAGCGCGGAGGGCCCCAGCGCCGCCCAAGCCCCACCCGACGGCAAGGAGCAAAGUAAAGAGAUGAACAAUAAACUGGCUGAGGCGAAAGAGAGCCAGGUCCAUCCCACCAGUGACUCACAUAAGAAUCGAGGUCCUGUAGCCACAGAGCCAGACAAGAAACAAGGUCCCGUGGGCCUGGGGCCUCUGAAAGAUCAAGGCCCUGUGAUCCAAGAGCCACGGAAGGAUCAAGGCCCUGCUGUUCCAAAGUCUCUGAAGGAUCAGGCUCCUGCGGUCCCAGGGCCUCUGAAGGAUCAAACUCCUGGGGUCCCAGGGCCUCUGAAGGAUCAAACUCCUGCGGUCCCAGGGCCUCUGAAGGACCAAGCUCCUGGGGUCCCAGGGCCUCUGAAGGACCAAGCUCCUGGGGUCCCAGGGCCUCUGAAGGAUCAAACUCCUGCGGUCCCAGGGCCUCUGAAGGACCAAGCUCCUGGGGUCCCAGGGCCUCUGAAGGAUCAGGCUCCUGCGGUCCCAGGGCCUCUGAAGGAUCAAGGUUCCAUGGUCUCCACAGCAGUUAAGAAUCAAGAUCACACAGUCCCUGGGCCUUUAAAGAAUGAAGGUUCUGGGAUCUCAGCACCAGUCAAGGACCAAGGUUCCUUGUUCCCGGUGUCUCUAAGUAAUCAAAUGGUUCCAGCAAGAGUUAAGGAUCAAGGUUCCAUGGUACUAGAGACUCCAAAGGAUCCAGGUCCUGUGGCCCCAGCCCCUGUCAAGGAUCAGGGUCCUAUGGUCCCAGAGCAUCUAAAGGAUCGAAGUGCCAUGCUCAUAGCACCUGUAAAGAAAGAAGGUCCUAUGCUCUCUGAGCCUGCAAAGAACCAAGGUUCAGUGGUUCCAGAGCCAGUCAAGGGUCAGGGUGGCGUGGCCCCAGAGCUUCUGAAGGGUCACGAUUCUGUAGUUGUAAAGAAUCAAGGUUCUAUGGUCCCAGAACGAGUCAAGGAUCGGGGCACUGUGAUCCCCGAGCCCCCAAAGAACCAAGGUCCUGUGGUCCUUGAGCCUGUGAAGAAUCCAGUUCCUAUCAUCUCGGUGCCUCUGAAAGAUCAAGAUCCUCUAGUGCCACCACCAGCCAAGGACCAAGGUCCUAUGGUCCCUGGACCUCUGAAGACUCAAGGUCCAAGGGGCCCGCAGCUGUCCACUGUCUCACCUCCACCCCCAGUCACGAUCCCAACUGUCCCCCAUGCAGAAUAUAUUGAGAGCUCCCCUUGACACUCACCCCUUGACACCAAGGAAAGAGGUGGCAGUGAAAGUGCUCCCUCCCCAGGGUAGCAAAGUCUCACAUUUAAUCUGCAUGAAACAGUAUUGUAUAGUCUUGCUGGAAUCUAAUAAAACAAAUCCCUCUGGCUUA